UACAGGGGCCGCCUCCCGGAUAGGCAGUGAGCCGGAAGGCAACGCAGGACACAGCUAUGAAGGUUGAGCCUAUGUGGGUUGAAUGGCGGGAACUCUCGGCGACCGGAAGAGUAAGCCAGGAGGUCUGGCUUGGGCGCCGCCAUGACAACCUAAUACCGGAAAAGGCAGGUCUCUUCUCCCUGACUGAUCGGCGCCUGAAUUCGCCUGGAGAUGCAGGCGGCCCUGGAAGUCACUGCUCGAUACUGCAGCCGGGAGCUGGAUCAGUAUGGCCAAUGUGUGGCAGCCAAGCCAGAGUCGUGGCAUCGAGAUUGUCACUACCUUAAGAUGAGCAUCGCUCGCUGCACGUCUUCCCACCCCAUCAUCCGGCAGAUCCGACAGGCCUGUGCUGUGCCGUUUGAAGCCUUUGAGGAGUGUCUUCGCUUGAAUGAGGCAGCAGUUGGCAACUGUGCUGAACACAUGCGGCGCUUCCUGCAGUGCGCUGAGCAGGUGCAGCCACCAAGUUCACCCACGACUGGAGAGCUCUGCCUUUUCUUUUUCUCCUUCUUCUGGCCUUCGGUGUCCGUUCAUCCUGUCCUGUCCAGUUCUUCUGGUGAUGGUCCCAGAAUGGGCUCAGAGGAAAUCUUAGCAUGUUGACUUCUGCAUAGAAAGCUCUCUGUGGUUUCAGUUCUGCCAGACCAGCUCACCCCCAGUGCAGCCUGGACCCUGGGUGACCUAGUCCCACCUCUCCACUCUCCACCUUUAGCUCUGUGCUCCAUUUGCAAUGGACAGAUGUGCAGAUCCCUGCCUUCCCUCCCCCGGCCACCUCACUCUGCAUGAGCUGUCCUCUCAAGCCCAUCUCUGUCUGAUUCUUAUCCUGUGUACAUGAUCUGUCUCCAAAACCCUUCCUCUGUUCCCCAUUCCUAUUCCCUGGCUUUUUAAGCCCCACCAGCCCCCUGCAUCCCAGGUCACAGCCUACCGUCUCCCUUGGAUCUCAUGACUCAGGAGAGUUCUUGGCUAAGGGUUAACCUCUCCUUAUGUCUGAUAGUCAUUGUUUCUUUGUAUAGAACAGGGGCAGAUGAAAGAUUUAGUUUAUAAGAGCAAAAACUGCCCAGAAGGAAAUGCCCCCGCAGGAAAUGCUCAGGGAUGGUUGCAUAUUGUCUAUAUUAAUUACCUAAUUAAUUUUUUCCUGCAUGUAUGUGGGCUGUGUGUGUAAUGUCCGUGGAGGUCGGGAGAGGGCUUCAGAUCCCCUAGGAUCCCCGGAGUUAGAGUCACUGUGGGUGGUUGUGAGCCACCAUCCGGGUGCCGGAGACUGAACCCAGGUUCUCUUCAAAAGGAGCGAGUGCUGAGCCAUCUCUCGAGCCCCUCUUCCUUCAAGGUUUGCUGUUCUUCCUAGAAGAGGCUAUCCUCUUCUCAGUCCACUGUGACCCACAGUUCCUUUCCCCUACAACUAAAGAACUUUUAAAAAUGGAAAUUAGGGCAGGGAGGUGGCUUGGCAGGUAGAGACAUUUGCUGCCAAGUUUGGUAACCUGAGUUCUAUCACCGACUCCUGCAAAUUGCCCUCUGCUGUGCGUGCACAUCUGUACACAAACAUCCCCCAACAUAAAUUAGUGAGCGUAAGGGUUAAAAACAAAGUGGAAAUGAGGUCACCUGUCCCCCCUCCUGGUUUGAGGCCUAGUGCACUAGGAAGGGCCAACACCAAUUCCUGCACUGCCCUGCUCCACUGUGCCUCUGGCAUCACAAUGUUGACUUUUCCUAGUUAGGCCUCCUCUGUUCUCUGAUCUUCACGUGAAAAUGCCCUCAUCAUGUCGAGGGAGAGCUUGUGUCCUGUGGCCGACAGUCUGGAAGCUCCCUGUUCCCACACAGACUUCCGCCUUUCUUUCACCCUGAUGCAUAGGAAUUCCUACCAGCUGAGUAGUUUUCUCCUUUGCAUGUCUCCCUCCCCUUUUGAAAGGAAGUUCCUAGAGUGAGAGAUGUUUGCCCACUGGGUCCCCAGCACCUCUGACAAUGCUGGCACAUGCCUGUAAUCCUAGCACUUGGAGGCCAAGCUAGGAAGAUUGCCGUGAGUUCAAGCUAGCCAGAGUUCCAUAAGUGAGUUGUAGAUCAGCCGGGGCUACUGGUGAGUUCUAAGCUACCCUGGGCUAGAGUAAGACCCCUGUCUCUUGUUCUCCUCCAAAAAAAAUUAAAAAACAGAAUAGUACCCUCCAGCUCCAUGCUUUGGCUUAUCCUGGUCAACCUGUUCUCACGGCAAGUGGCCAAGGUCACCCCUUGUGUGACCUUCCUUCCAGACACCUGCUGUGUCUACCUCAUUUGCCCAUCCGAGGUCUCAAGGCCAGUAAAUGCCAGUAUGUUUUCUCCACAGGCACAACCCCUGCCUGCCUCCUGACAACCCCUUGGACUUUGAGAAAAUGGACAUGAGUGACUAUCCCACUUGAUGUCCUCAUCUAGAAGAGUGACAAGACUUUUGGAAUCUUGAGGGCCCUGCUGUGGGUCUGGCUCUCUUGGACAUCAGGACGAUAUAUAAAUAAAGACUGAGUACUGGGCUUUGAUUCCAGCCUUCAGUAUUGAAAGGGGGAAGAAGAAAGAUGGGGGAAACUUGCUCAUCCAUCCCUGGCAUUACUUGGUCUGCCAAGUAAGCACUCAGAGGGGCCAGGGUGCUCUUGUUGUAGGCUUGGGAGUAAGACUGUUAAGUCUCGGCAGCCCUGAAGCUCAUGAUGUAGACCUAACUGGAUUCAGACUCAGCAGCAGUCUCCCCGAGUGCCAGGGUUCUAGGCAUGAGCCCCCUGACCAGCUCUCAUCCCUUCAGAGCUAGAGAUGGAGACAGCUCGUGACCGCACACAUGCCAGUCAAAUGUGCCUGCUUACUGAGUGUGCCCCCAGCCUACAUUCACCACACCUCGUACACUUCUCCAGAGACGUGGUGGAGGAGCCAUGAAUAGCACAUUUUCCCACUGCUGAAUUAGAAGCAGUUGAGCAGUAGACACAGGCUUUGCGCAGUGGGCAUAAAAAUUCUGAUCUUAUUAUUGUAAACAACCAUGGGGAGCCGGAAGCAAGGCAUGAGGAACAGGAGUUCAAGGUCAUCCUUUGCUACAUAGUUUGAGGCCAGACUGGGCCAUUUGAGAGCCCGUCUUGCUAAAUAAACUUUAAAAUCAAAAACUGGA